CGCUGGGAAGGCAAAACUUCACAGGUCCGCCGCGAACUCACGCGCCCGACAGCAGCCCAAGAAAGGAGCGCGGCUGUCAAGGGGCAACUGCGCUCCAAGUCGCACAGGAGGCGGAGGGGGCAGACAGGCCAACUCCGCAAGGGGGGGUUCAGGGGAAGCGGGGACCGUGCCCAUCGCGGCCCGUCUCCUCGGUUCUCAAGCGCGAGGAGAAUGAGCGAGCGCGAGCUCGGCGCCCCGCAGCCCCCGCCCGGCUCCCGGAGAGGGGCUCGGCCGCGCGUCCCGCAGCCCGGGCAGGCCGCCUCCGGAGGAGCCCCCGCAGACGCCAUACUCAAAGUCAAAAUGGCUGCCCCGAGGAAGCCCGCACGGCGCAGCUGGUGAGGGCCGGGGAACGGCGUCCGCGGGGAGGGGGAGGGGGCUCGCGGAAGCCCGUCGCGGGGACCGUCUCCGCCCGAGCCGCACAGUUAAAGCCGUAACUAUAUUUGGAAAAGCACUGGCCAGGAAAAAAAAAUGAUAAAAUUCUUCCUUAUGGUGAAUAAACAAGGACAAACCCGACUUUCUAAGUACUAUGAACAUGUGGACAUUAAUAAGCGCACACUGCUGGAAACAGAGGUCAUAAAGACGUGUCUCUCUCGAUCCAGUGAGCAAUGCUCUUUCGUCGAGUAUAAGGAUUUUAAACUGAUCUACCGGCAGUAUGCAGCCCUCUUCAUUGUGGUUGGCGUUAAUGACGCUGAGAGCGAACUAGACAUAAUGUUUAAUCUAGAUAAAGUGCACAUCAUUUUGGACGAGAUGCUAUUAAAUGGCUGCAUUGUGGAAACUAACAGGGCAAGAAUUCUUGCUCCUCUACUAAUUCUUGAUAAAAUGUCAGAAAGCUGAGUGGAGGGCCCUACCGGAUGACAUGGAUUUACAGGAAAUAUGAUGAACACCAUGGAAUACUACUUGGCAUCUGCAGCCGCAGAGAAUCCAGAAGACCACACAGUGUAAAAUGGUGUAUCCUUCCAAACAUAGUAAAUGGCUGUUUUUCACAGUUCCUAAA